AUGGAUACUCCGGAGCGGCUCUGUGUCCCCGGAGUAUGGAGAGGCCGAGGCUGUGGGAAGGGGGUUGCCCCCCCCGGAGCAGCGCUGCCCCGCCGCGUUGGGCCGGCCGGGAGCGGGCAUGGGCGGUGCGGGGCCUGGGCCGCCGGCGCGGGAGGUUCCCUGGCAGUGUGGGCUCGCCCCUUAGGCGAGCGGCUGUGCAGCGCGGAGGAGGCCACGGCUGGCAGCGGGACCUACACCCGGCACGGGUUCAUCUUCUCCUCGCUGGCUGGGUGCGUGGAGAAGACGAGCGAGGAGAGCGGGCUGCCCGUUGUGUCUGUGGUGAGAGACAGUGACCCCCAGCUCCUGCCCGACGUGGGAGUCGUGGUGACAUGCAAGGUUUGCAGCAUUAACUCUCGCUUUGCCAAGGUGCACAUCCUGUACAUCGGCUCCACACCACUGAAAUCCAUCUUCCGGGGGACCAUACGGAAAGAAGAUAUUCGAGCCACAGAGAAAGAUAAGGUGGAAGUGUACAAGAGUUUCCGCCCUGGUGACAUAGUCCUGGCCAAAGUCAUCUCGCUGGGGGACUCACAGUCCAACUACCUCCUGACCACAGCAGAGAAUGAGCUGGGUGUGGUGGCAGCACGCAGCGAUGCAGGGAUGCAGAUGGUGCCCAUCAGCUGGUGUGAGAUGCAGUGCCCACGGACACACACCAAGGAAUUCCGUAAGGUGGCCCGCGUGCAGCCUGAGUUCCUGCAGACCUAGCAGCCGCGAGGGGACCUGCCGGAUGAGGGGCUGUAGGGCCAGAGCAGCCCCGGGCCAGGGAGGUGCACCAGCCAGGCCCUUGCUGGCAG